UAAAUUUUGAUUUCCAUUUCUGUAAAGCCUUCUUCACAUGCCUCCAAAACGGCGACAUAUGGCUUCUACUUCCAAUACAAUAGUCCCCCGUCAAAUACGUCGUUCACGCAGGAGUUCACUUUUAGUGGAGAUACCAGCGUUGCCUUUUUAUUAUGACUGUGGAAAUUGUACCUGUGUAUGUGAGUAUUGUGGAGCUUAUUUUUGGUAUCAAGAGAGAGUAUUGUAUUUAUCCAGAGCCAAUCAUCCGCAAUAUACAAAAUGUUGUAAGUCGGGUAAUGUAGUUCUUCCUUACCCUCUUCAUCCGCCUGAUGUGCUUAUGCAAUUCUACGAAGAUGAUCACUUCAUGCGUAACAUAAGAGCAUAUAAUUCCAUGUUCUCUAUGACGUCUUGUGGUGCAAACGAAGACGACUCAAUCAACAAAGGUCGUUCACCAUAUGUGUUUAAGGUUAGUGGUCAGAUUUACCAUUGGAUAGGCUCUUUUUAUCCUCAAGACAUUCAUCAACCCCGUUUUCUCCAAUUGUACAUGUGUGAUACUGAAAAUGAGGUCGCUAAUAGACUUCGUUCUUUUCAUGAUGGGGAAGUACUUUUGUCUGCAGAAGUUGUAGAAUCCUUAAGUCAUAUGUUACGCACACAUAAUGAGUAUGUUCAUACAUUUAAGACUGCGAAAGAAAUAGCCCAGUCAAUGAAUUUAGAUUCAUAUGGUGUACGUUUAUUUAAUGUUGUACCUGAUAGAAGAUAUGGUCCACCAGCCCCUGGAACUUUAGGUUGUAUUGUUUGUGGUGAUGAUGUUACUAGCACUGUCUAUGACAUUGUCAUCUAUUCAAAGUUUGGGUCACCUCGAUGUGUCAGUAAGCUUCAUCCUACUUACAUGCCUUUGCAAUAUCCAUUACUGUUCCCGUAUGGUGAAGAAGGAUGGUCUCCUAGCUUGCAUCUACAUAUUAAGGCUAACAAAAGGUUAACAAAUAAUAUGUAUUAUAGUUAUCAAAUUCAUGAUCGACACACAUACUCUCUUAUUUUACGUGCACACCGUCUUUUCCACCAGUAUUUAGUAGAUGCAUAUACUUGCAUUGAACAAUCUAGGCUUGACUUUAUUGAACACCAUCAACAACAAUUACGAAUAGAGUACAUCAGCGGAGUUUAUGACGCUUUGUCCAGAGGUGAUUCAGACAGUCAAGUCAUUGGAAAGCGUGUAUUUCUACCUGCAACUUUCGUUGGGGGACCUAGGUAUAUGUAUAAACACUAUCAAGACGCUCUUGCCAUAUGCAAGGUUCAUGGUAAGCCACAAUAUUUCAUCACUUUCACUUGCAAUGUUAAAUGGCCUGAGUAUAGAAGAUACAUGGGUGCUAUUGGUCAACGUGAUAUUCAAAACAGACCAGAUAUCAUUGCACGCAUCUUUAAAAUCAAAGUUCAUGCUUUCAUUAACUUCCUUAAAGAGGACAAAACUUUUGGAGAAGUUAGUGCAUAUCUUUACACAAUUGAAUUCCAAAAAAGGGGUUUACCACAUUGCCAUACAUUAUUAUGGGUAACGUCACCCUAUACAAUUCAAGAAGGUGCAGAUAUUGAUAAAUACAUAACCGCUGAGCUUCCUGAUCCGAUACUUGAACCAACACUAUAUAGGACUGUUACUACAUGCAUGCUACAUGGUCCUUGUGGUUCAUUAAAUAUUAGUGCCCCCUGUAUGGUAGAUGAUAGAUGUAAGAAACAAUUUCCAAAACCAUUCAACCCAUUAACAACUUUUGAUGCAAAUGGUUACGUGCAUUAUAAGAGACGUGUUGGAUCAUAUCAUGUCCUACAAAGUGGGAUUAGAACUGAUAAUGGCUAUGUAGUGCCAUACAAUAAACGUUUGUGUAGUCGAUUUGAUGCUCACAUCAAUGUUGAAUAUUGUGGUUGGAAUAUGAUGAUUAAGUACUUAUUUAAGUACAUAUCAAAGGGGGUUGAUCGCGUUCGUUUCACUCUUCAAACAUCAGAGGCAAAUACUCCUACUACUUCCUCUACCAUACCUGUCACUGUAAAUGAAAUCAAGUCAUUUCUUGAUGGUCGGUACAUAUGUCCACACGAAGCAGCAUGGCGCAUCCUCAAUUUCCCCAUUCAUGAACGAGAUCCACCUGUACAAGUCUUGGUCGUCCAUUUGGAUGGGAUGCAACCUACUAUUUUCAAAGAAAGCAGUCAAUUAAGCUCCUUAAUUGAGAACCCAGGUUUUGGUGUUACCACUUUAACGGAAUGGUUGCACAAUAAUCAACGUGAUGGUCGAGGAAUUGACUUGACAUACAAUGAUUACCCUUGUAAAUAUAGUUGGGACACCAAAGAUAAGAGAUGGAUUCAUAGGACUACCACAACAAAUACCACCAUUGGCAGACUUGCAUAUGUACAUCCAACAGCUGGGGAGUUAUUCUAUCUACGAAUUUUACUAUUCCAUCAAAAAGGAUGUAAAUCAUUCUAUGACAUUAGAACCGUUCGUGAAUACACGUACUCUACUUUUCGUGAUGCAUGUGAAGCAUUAGGGUUAACCGGUGACGAUAAGGAGUGGCUAACAACAUUUAAAGAAGCGUCAACUUGGGCAACCUCAUCUCAACUUCGUUCUCUAUUCUGCCAUCUACUUUUGUAUUUUGAAGUAGGAAACCCUCUUUUGUUAUGGGAAACCGCAAAACCUUAA